UGUGCCCCUUGGCCCUCCCACACCACCGCACGCUCCACGCAGAUCGGGGAAGCAGGUUGGAUCUCACACACGGCCCACGGUAACCAGAUCCCCUGCGGGUGGAGCAGCCGGGCGCGUCACUAUCACCGAGUGAGACGCUGCUCAAACCCUCAGUCCAGGCUCCGCGGUGGAGAUACACAGCGCAGGGCAUGGCGCGGAAGCUGGGCGAGUGGGCCAGUGCGCCCGCAGAAGCCACCGGGCUGUACCGAGCGGUGCUGCUCAGGUCAGCCUCCAUGUACUCAGAGAUCCAGAGGGAGCGGGCUGACAUGGAGGGACUCAUGACCCGACCAGAGUACAGAGAGUGGAAUUCAGAGCUCAUCAAACCCAAGAAGCUGCUAAACCCAGUGAAGGCUUCUCGAAGCCAUCAGGAGCUGCACCGUGAGCUGCUUAUGAACCACAAAAGGGGCCUGGGUGUGGACAGCAAGCCUGAGCUGCAGCGGGUCCUGGAGCACCGUCGCAGAAAUCAGCUGAUCAAAAAGAAGGAGGAGGAGCUGGAGGCCAAGCGGAUGCAGUGCCCCUUCAAGCAGGAGCUGCUGAGGCGGCAGCAGAGACUGAACCAGCUCGAAAACCCACCACAGAGAGAUGAGGACCAUGCCCCCGAGUUCAUCAAAGUCCGGGAAAACCUGCGCAGAAUCACCACACUGACCAGCGAAGAGAGAGCACUGUAGAGUUCCCUCAUUCAGCUCCCGCCACUCACUCUGGCCCAGCCCUCCUCCAGCCCAUCUGAACCUGAGUACCCUAGCCCACAAUGAUGCCAGCCAGGCACACAGCUAUCCCCGGAAGCUGGAGACCCUCACACACACCCCACAGGAACGACUCUGGACUUUUCUUCUGAGCCUUCCUGCACCGAAGAGGAAGCCACUUCCAGGAAAGACCUCCAGAGGUGCCAUCCCCAAUCUGACUCACUGAGAUUCCCUAGCAGAAGUGAGGAAGAGAGCCAGGCGUCUCUCCAUUCUGCCUCGGUUGCCCAGUAAGGCUUAGUUAGCUCUUGGAGUAGCACAGCUCCUAGUGUUGGGGACAGCUCAACUGUGAUUUAACCUGAGGCCAAGGACGCCUGUUUUAGAAAGCACAGAGCAAGCAAAGGCACCAGAUGUUUGUGGCAAGAAGGGCGUGGGAGACCACAGCAGGCUGUGGCCAGGUGGGAAGGGUCCCCAGCGAAGCAGCGUUAGGUCUUUCCAGCUUGCCUCAUAGUUUGGCUUUAUGUCUCCUCCCCACUGCCCUCCCUAAAUCACUAACCACACCUCACCUCAGAGCUCUGGCUUCCAGCCUAGAAUAGCACUUUGCCAAGUUUACUGUAUAUGCAAAUCAGAGAGUCCCGUGAACAGUCCCUGGAAGCUACGUGUCCAACACACUCCCGGAGGUGUUCCAGUAUGUGGGUGUGAACAUACAACCCCACAGUAGGCUGAAGCACCCAAGAGUGGUAUAUUAGAAAUAUCCAACUCUCUUGACUCCCUGGCCUGGAGGCUCCCAGUGGUUCUUCUGAAGCCACCCCCCCCAAUUGUUCAUUCACUAUCUAUAGUGUUCCAACACACACACACACACACACAGGAGCCCUUGGCCUGGUCAGGGGAUUGUAACUGCCAAUCUUCAUUUCUUACUGGUAUGAAAACACUAUCAUACAAUUCUAGCCAAAAGGAAGGGAGAAAGAACCUUAGCCUUCUACAGCUUUUUGGAAAGCAACUAUAAAACUCUUUCCUCUGGAAAGGGCAGUUUGAAGAGCCCACUGCCAUGUGAUGGAGCAGACUCUUAGGUCAAUAUUGCCAGCACUGUCACCUGAGACCCUGCCCCUCCCCUCCCAGUCUGGGUCUGCCCCACCCAUUCUUCCUCCAAAGCCCCUUCCUCCUUGACAACCAAAUACUUGAAUCUUUUGCUCCUAUGCCAUUUUUGAGGACCUAGAGGGUAAGGCAGGCCUGAAUUCUUUCCCCUGAAGAAUGAAAUCCUUGACUCAGCUUUUAAGCCCUUUGCAGUUGGGAAGAGAGACAAGCAGGGGUUCUCACUCUCCACACCACAGAUUUCCCUGCUGGGGUGCCAGUGACUCUGCCUCCAGGAAAUGAUGGUGGGAUAGGCCAGCAGGGUCCGACAGUGGACAGAGAUUCUGUCUCUUCCUUAUGGAUGGUGCUUGCAUAGAUGUGUAAUGCACCUGUGCACGCACACAUGUGUGCAUGCGUGUGUGUGUGUGUGUGUGUGUGUGUGUGUGUGUGUGUGUGUGUUUUCUAACUCUAAAGGUCUAAAGAAGUGUUUCUCAACUUCCCUAAUGCUGCAACCCUUUAAUAUAGUUUCUUGUGCUGUAGUAACCCCUCAACCAUAAAUUAUUUUCAUUGCUUUUUCAUAACUGAUUUUAGUACUAUUAAACAUCAUAAUGUAAAUAUCUGAUAUGCAGGAUAUCUGAUGUGUGACCCCCACCCCCAUGAAAGGGUGACAACCCACAGGUUGAGAAAUGCUGGUUUAAAUACAGCAGACAUGUCUUAAGUAUCUGCUGGUGAGGUUUUAUGCUGAAGAUGUGUGUUUCCUAAAUAGAGAGAGGGUUGGGGGUGCUGUUCUGACAUGUAAUGAGGAGCAGGGUUGGGCAUUUGGGACAGAAUAGGACCACCCAAGGGACUCCCCAGAGAAACGGCACGUCUUGGAGAAACCUCAAGGCAGGUCAUCCAGGGGAAUCAUUCCGUCUCUCUCGCCACCUUCCAGCAGAGACAGUAAACCUAGCUGCUCAUCUUCCUAGCCUCCUCGGGCGGGUUUGGGUGAGCACGUGACCAGGUCUGGCCAAUGAAAUUGAAGGGAAGUCUACAGGCGCGAUUAGAAGAGCCCAUGCCUUUUCUAAGAGCCUGGCUUUGCCUCUCCCUUCUUGAUUGAGGAUGGAGUGCCUGGACCAUUAGCAGCCAUGUUUUACCCGAGGAAAAGGCCAAAAGAUCCACAAAUUAUCUGGCCAAGCAAGUGCCAACAGCUGUCCAUCUCCCAAAUCCUUGUAAAUAAAAAUAAAUUCCUGUUUGGUAACACCA